AUGCCUCUCAAAGCUGUCAAUAUCAUAAUAAUCAAGAUGUUUCCUCAUCCAGUGUAUGUCAUCCAAAGAGUUGGAAAGCGUAACGAUCUUUCUGAGCAAGCCCUCCAAGAGCAGGCAAUGACAAACAAUAGAAUUCGCAGAUGUGGACCAAGAUUAAACAUUGUUAACAAAUAUUUCGAAGAUAGAUUUGGUCCCAAGUUGAAUUUCAAGGAUCUUAAAUAUAUUGCUGAUCAAGUUGUCAAAAGAAUUCCAUUACACGUUGAUAGAAUUUCAAAGAGAAAUAAAACAGCUAUGCAAUGCUGGUUCACUGAACAGUGGAACUUAAUUAAACCAAUAUUGGACAAUAUGGUUAUAACAAUUUCAGAGCCUCAACAAGUUGCACAAAAUCAAAUUUCACAAAUUAAACAAAAUGAAGAGAAAGAAGAAAUUAUCACGCAAAUCCUUCCAUUUGAGGUCCUGACAAAAUCAAACAAGACAUUUUCAAAUUUCCAGACUAACUUAAUUUAA